UUGAACGCAGCAGUAGAGACACCCUAGCCGUGUUUACAGAUGCUUAAAAAUCCUCGCAACAUAAUGUCUGGUGAAGAGAUGUACCUGCACUAUCAUGGCCUUCUGCUUCCCAAAGAGACUCACUCCUUAGAGAGCUUGAAGUUUGUGCAGGAAUUCACGUUUGAAGACGAAGACGUCGUGACUGUCACAUAUCCGAAGUCAGGUACAGCCUGGAUGCAGGAGAUCCUCCCACUGUUGCUUAAUGAUGGGGAUCUGACUCCGAUCCAAACAAUCCCUAACUGGGACAGGGCUCCCUGGCUGGAGGAGAAAAGAUUAGCAGUGGUUGUGGAUCAGUUGAAGUCUCCACGGGCGCUGGUUACACAUUUUCCCUACCGCCUCAUGCCUCGCUCCUUUCAUGCCUCCAAAGCUAAGGUCAUCUACGUCAUGAGGAACCCCAUGGAUGUCAUGGUUUCUUCAUAUUACUUCCACCAGAUGGCUGGGUUUCUCCAGGAUCCAGGAACCUUUGACGAGUUCAUGGACAAAUUCCUUGAGGGCAGAGUGCUGUUUGGAAAAUGGACAGACCAUGUGAAGGGCUGGAGACAUACAGACCUGGGAGACAGAAUAAUGUACAUCACAUAUGAAGAAAUGGUUCAGGACCUUCCUGCAGCUCUCAUGAGGAUGUCAGAUUUCCUGGGCCGUAAACUGAGUGAGGAAGUCAUCCAGAAGAUAGCAGAGCAUUGCUCCUUCAAGACCAUGAAGACCAACAACAUGUCCAACUUCAGCCUGGUCCCAAAGAUAUAUAUGGACAGUGACAAAUCUCCAUUCCUUAGGAAAGGUGUUGUGGGAGAUUGGAAAAACCAUUUCAGCUCAGAGCAAGAGGCCAAAUUCACAUCAGCCAUUCGCAAAGAUCUGGAGAACGAGAGCUUCUCUCUGCCUUGGAGCUUGGAUUGAACCACAGCCAGAGCACAGAAAGAGAGGGAAGGAUUAAAUGCUACUUUUGGUUUUAAUAUUAGGAAUAUGACUAAAAGCAUUUCAUUGACUUUUAACAUUUUUAACACUUUUGUCAAGUUAUGAAUUGAUGAAUGAAUUGUAAAUACUGCAUCUACAAAGGUUCCCCCUGUGCAGAAAACAAAUCCUUGUUAUUUGUGUUAAACUGCCAACAGGGAGAUGCUGCUACAACAUUCAUCAUCACAACUGAGCUUGUUGCAUCUUUAUGCUACCAUAUCAGACUUCUUUUGUUAUUUUUCUGCCACUAAACAUGAUUAAAUGACUAAAUGCAUUCAAAUUACACAAUUGCUGACUUCUUGCUAGCUUACAUAAUAUCACUACAUAACUAAUGUUACUAAUGUACAGUAAAUAUGUAAAACUGCUUAAUGGCCUUGUAAGUAAUUGAAUUGUUGUUCCUACUAAUUACUGUGUAACUAGUGAUAUGUAAUUAAUAAUAUGACAUACUGUUGCAUAAUAAUGAAAUGCUUAAUUACUGUAUUAUACCUGUUACUGCGUUGUACUGCAUUAAUAAAAUAUAGGUUAUUGCAUAUGUGAGGGAACAAACUACUACGUCACAAAUCAAGGGACAAUAUGCUUAUCAAAAGGAGUAAAAAUAACCCCAUAUGUCAGUUUCUAUUAGCCAUGGCUGAUUUAUGUUUUGGGGUCUGUCCCAUUCUUGAACGUCUCCAGGGAAUUUCUUAAAUCGUCAACUUGGACUCAAAGAUGAAUAAUUAGGUUUUGGUGGUUGAUUUUUUUGGCAAUAAUUAAUUUAAAAAUUCUAUGUUUAUAUUCAUCUUUUUGUUUGAUCUUGACUUUGCUUUUUUAUCUUGUUCUGUAAAGGACGUAACUGUUUUGAAAAGUGCUAUAUGAAUGUAUUUGUAUACAUUUUCCCCCACAGUUUCACCAAACACUUUAUACCAGAAAAUGAACAGAACAGAAAUGUAGGUAAAUUAUUGUUCUUAUUGUUCAUCUGUUCAGUUAUACUGUUAAUGUGUUUUAAUCAUACAUAUAUUUACGCUUCUUGUAUUUUAACUUGUUAUUAUUAUUAUGGUGUUUCAUUUCCUUCUUUUAAUAUCUCACAAAUUGAGUGACUAAUAAUUACAUAUUAAAUAAAUGAGUUGGAUAAUGUUACUAAAAGUUAAUAAAGCAUGAAUUAUAUUUUAGACUAACAUUAUAAAGAGCAUCUGCGAUUUCCAUCAAGUUUAACGCUCUAUUGAGCAUUACCUUCAGCUCUUUUUCCAGCCCACACAUGCUAGUGUAUGCUUUUACUGCUAUCAUCACCCCACACGCAUACAACAAGAUGUUGGUUUUCAUCAGACAAGCUCAGACAAGGUGAGCGCAUACGACCUGUCUGGCAUGAAGCUGAUGUAAAGGAGAUGGAUAGUAGAAAGGUCAACCUUUUAGAACGAACACAGCUUCUAACAUAGAAGUAAGUAAUGCAGCUUUCUAGAGCAAACAUUACAAAGUGCUUUUACAUACAGUGAAGGCAAGCAGAACCAAUCAGUCUAUAUGGAAAAUCAGUCACUGACAGUAUAGCUACUUGUCUAUGUCACACAGUUCUCUCCCAUUCAAAGACAGGCAAGCUCACUUAGCACACAUGGCUUUGGAUAGUAUUAUAGCUCAUUAUAUUAAUCAAUAUUGUGUUUCUAUAAUUCUAAAUAUUUGUGAUUUUCAAACUAUAAUUUGUCCAGUGUUUUUGGCUCUGAAGCUGCAUGUUAACCUACCAGUCCUGCGUUUUCCUACUGUGGCAAUAUACACCUGAUUGUAGGCAAACGUGUCCAAACAUGUCUCCUACCUGCAGACAUCAACAGACAGAGAUGCAUCCUCCCUAGCAUCUCUCACGUGACUGGAGACACACACACACACAAAUGUGGAACAUUGGUGUCCUGACAGGAGUUGUCCAAGUCAUUGCUAAACGUACAUUAUAGAAAUCAUAAUUUCAGCUAAACAGGUGGAGGCAAAUGAGGUUCUUUGUUCUCCUUAGGUAAUUAAAGCAGCAUGAACAACGACACAACAAAUAAUUUAUUCAAUGCAAGAGGCUUUGUGAAUUUUAACUGUGACAAGCUCUGGGAUAUCUUGCCACACACACAUUUCCCCCUCUUUCUCCUGCUGAGUUCCUGUGUAAAUGUACCUGAUGCCGGUGUUAUUCUGUCAGAGCUCUAAUAAAUGGGUGUCCAAAAAUACUAAAAAAAAAACAAAAACAAAAAAAAUUCACAACAAAAACAAAAGCUAAGAGGUAUGUUUUCAUUAGUGUUUAGUCACUUGAAAUUAAGAAUUGUUGUUUUUCUAGUGGGUCCUUUUCCAGAAAGUCUGCCAUGUUGAACAUUUGUGUUUCUUAGCCCAGAACAGACAAACCAGACACUGACUGUAGGGCUUUUUGUGUUUUUACACUCUAUAGUUCUACACGCUCAGUUGAGUCAAGAGGUUUCAGUUGGUUGCAAUCUGCAAUCUCACCACUAGAUAGCAGUAAACCUCACACACUGGUCCUUUAGUUUCUAAUUCCACCUGGGAUUCAAUAAGAAAACAAUUCUGUGUAACAGACAUUUAGUCAAUGUCAAAGUGUCUCUCUGUUAAUUAUUAUCAGGGAUACAUAAAAUGCAAGUGUGACAGGCACUGAGGCUUAUCAGUGCACAAAUAAAAGUCCGGAAUGAACUGACACACACACAAACACAUUAUGUGUCUUAAGUCACAAUAAUUUUUUCAUUGAGAGUCUGUGUACAUUCACAGAAACCUGUGAGUCUGUUCAGUGGUGCUGCUGUUUGAACCUUUCAUUGAAAGUAUAAAUAAAUCAAUUUAAAGUCAAAAAGUCUUAUUAGAGAUCUGAAAAAUAAACUGUUUAUUUUAAGUAAGGCACUAUAGAAAGACGAUAUCACCAGGAUCAUCCAACAAACCAUCUCACGUUAUAAAAUCUCAAAUUUGUGUUAUAAACAUUAAGAUGUGAAUCACAUGCUAUGUGGAAUUUUUCAACACACAUUGGCAAAAUAAUAAGUGAUUGCAUCCCUCAGUCGUGAUAGUUUGGUUCCUUAGAGCCUGCAGAAAGUCACGUAAGAAAAGUUAAAUUUGUCAUUGGUCUUGUUUGGCAUUAUCUAAAUAUAAUAAAUAAAUAUUCCAACGUGUAAAUAGUGAUGAUGAUUCGUUCAGUUUAACCAACCUGAUUCAUUACUGAACUUCUUACUACUGCUGACUGAAAUAUUUUGUAUGCAAGUUUGUUUUAAAAUCACUAAACUUUAAAAUACUAAAACAUUAGUAAUAAUGACACUCUGGUAUAUAAAUCGACUCUUAACUUUAAAUGGCUCCAUGAUUACAUGCCUGACCCUUGACAAAUUUGAGUCGCAAAUGGACAAACAACAGAUAGAGCAGGGCAACAGAAACUCACAAGACAAGGACAAUUGUUAUUUCUUUUUUUAUUUUAUCUUUAACUAUAUCUCUAUAAUUUAAGAGUUAUUAAAAAAAAAUUACUGGGUGAAGAAAAUACCAGUCUACUAAAAUAUCCAUAAAACAUUUACUCAACAAUUGAUCUCUUACAGACCUACUGUAAGUCCCAUAUUUGUUACAAAUUCCUUUUCCUGGCAGAUUGGUCUAUACUACUCAUAUAAAUCAGCACAUUUUCACUUCAACAUAUUUAUCUAAUCAAUAAAAUUAUUACUAAAUAACAGAUUCUCUUCCUUUGCUCACAUCAUUUCAAUGCAGACACACACAUGCACACACACGCACCUCUCCCAGUAAGAUACGGCAGUCUCUUGUUCCAUGACUGAGUAAACCUAAAUUAUUACGACAAAAGACUGUGAAUAUAUUUAUAUUUCUAACACAUAGCGUAUAUUAAUUAUAUAUUUAAUUUAAUAUUAUAUUCAUUUUGUUUUUCUUUGGCAUAAAACAUCAAACUGAUUCUUUGAUGUGUUACUGCAUCAUCACACGUAUGGAACAAUUUAUUGAAUUGGAAUUGAUCAACAGCAGCGGCCAUCAAUAUGGACAGAUUUAACAUAGCAACACAAUAUGAAAUGCAUCUAUGUGGCGGUAGUGUGGCCCAUGUAGUCAUGGAGUCCUUGCCACAGCAACCCGGGUUUAAUUCCCAUCUAUCGUCAGCUGAAGAAACGCAUUCUUACAGAGUUCCAUUGUGAAUUUACAUGUUUUCAAUACCAUCUGUGAUGCAGAAAAAUUUACCAUUCUUAUACUCUUAUUAACUGCUGAUAAUUCUGCAUUUGAGACAAGCUGUCUUGUGCUUGGUUUUUGAAUCACAGUUUUAAAUUUUAAAUCCUACAUAUACAUUUCAAUUAUUAAUCAUUUGACUAAAACCACUGAAAAGUGUUAAUGCAUGCUCUUUAAUCAUUGUUUUUCUCCUUAAUUUUAGUGUUACAUUGUACACAACAUUUUAAAUGUUACACUGACUUCUAAGUGUAAUUGGUUAAUGCUGCAGAAUAACUCCUCUGAGUGUGUGUUUGUGUGUCCCUCCCAUCACUCUGUCCCCUGAGUUCUGACACUGCUUCAAUUACAUGGUGGCCUUUUGUGCCCGGGGGGAGGGAUUGGGAGUGUGUGUGCAUGUGUGUAUGUGUAUUUAUUGAGGCAGACGGUGUGGUGCCUGCUCCAGGACACCCACCUCGCUGCUGUCUUGUGCCCACUGGUCCUGCCCUGGGCUGCCCACAGGAUGCUAGCCUGCUUUGAUGCCCUCUUCUGAUCAACAUACUGUAGACAUGCACACUUACACAAGAUAGCCUCCUUAGAAGAUCCUGUAAUCUUUUUAAAGUCUGUAACACAGUCUUCUUAACUCUGUUAACUUCCUCCGCCCAGAGCAAUGUUCACAUUUAUCCGAUGAAGUUCCAGUCAAGGACAACUAAAUGUUUUUGAUCAGUGCCAAUGUUUGGAAUAGGCUGCUGGGGACAAAGGGUUAUGAAAUCCACUCAGCAUAUCUGAGUUCUUCUGUCACAUGAAUCUCGACCUCAAGCUGGCAUUCAUUGUCACUGUAACUUAAUUUCUCAAUUAGCCUAUCCACUAACUGUGAAAAUUGUUUGGAAAAGAUAUGGAUCCUAAUAAACUUCCUAAUCCCAAUAAUCCCAAAAACAUGAACAAAUAGAUAUGCGUGUACAAAGAAAGUUACAGUUCCAGUAACCACACCAGCUCCAAAACAGCCACAACCCUGGGUUCGUUUCUGGGCCAGGGGUUUCUGUAUGUAACAUCAUGUGUUUUUGUAUGUGUUCCCCCAGUUUAAAAAAAUAGUUAGACAUUUUGGGAAAUAUGCUUAUUUGCUUUCUAGUAGAGAGUUAGAUAUCUUGCCAAUGUCUGUAGUAAAUAUGAAGCUAAAUAUCAAAGGGUAUUUCCCAAAAUGCUGAACUAUUCACAUACCACCCUAAAUGCCUUAAAAUUUGCCUUUUUAUGGGAAACUACAUAGGCUACUUUUUUCAUUAAUCCUGCAACCUGACUGUUGUAUAUAUGUAUUAUGUUUUUGUCUCAUUUGCAUGGCUAAAUUUUCCGUGAUGGAUGUCCUUGUUAGAUAAUACAUAAAGCCCACUGCCACCCUCCCCAGGGUCAUAUAGCCUGCUGUGGAUAUCUGCGGAUAUACCAGUGAUAACAUACAGUGCAAAAUCUAAACAUCCUCUCCUCCCUUUUUGUAUGACACAGGAAAGUCAUCAGGAAUGCUGAUGCACCAUCACCCUUGUAUGCACAUAUAGUGCAUGGUAUUAUGGUGCCCUGUCUGUGUUUCUUCAUAUUCAUCUUUAUUAUAU